UCGCGUGAGACAACUCGAACAGACGUACGGCCUCCUCCGCCCCCUACAAAUACUUGCUCAAAGACGAACGGAGCCGCCCAGGAAAAAUCAUUUUAAAAAACAAAACCCCUUUUCUGUUUGGGAGAGAGAAAAAAAGAAGACGAUGGGAUCCGUUUCCGAAGACGAUGUUCGUCAAGCGCUGCUGCAGCCAGCGUCGGCGGCAUUGUUGUCGUCUCAAUCACUCUGUUCGAACCACCACGGUGGCAGCGAGGAGCUGGAGAGGAUAUUGUCGGACACGGAGAUGUCGGCGAUGGAGCGUUACAGUCGAGCCACUUGGAUCGAGAUUAAGCUUCUGUUUUACUUAGCAGCUCCGGCGGUUUUCGUUUACAUGAUUAAUUACGCUAUGUCUACUUCUACACAGAUAUUUUCCGGCCAACUUGGUAACCUUGAGCUUGCUGCUGCUUCUCUUGGUAACAAUGGCAUUCAAGUCUUCGCUUACGGUCUCAUGUUGGGGAUGGGAAGUGCGGUGGAAACUCUAUGCGGGCAAGCAUACGGUGGAGAGAAAUUCGAUAUGCUAGGCGUUUAUUUACAAAGAUCAGCAAUAUUACUAACCAUAACAGGCGUUUUGUUAACAAUUCCUUACAUAUUCUGCAAACCCAUCUUACUUUUUCUUGGCGAAUCCAAAGACAUUGCUUCCGCAGCUGAAAUCUUCGUAUAUGGUUUAAUUCCUCAAAUCUUUGCAUACUCCAUAAACUUCCCAAUCCAGAAGUUUCUUCAGGCUCAGAGCAUUGUAUUUCCGAGCGCUUUUAUAUCGGCGGGGACGCUGGUGAUUCACGUGGUGCUCAGUUGGUUGGCUGCCUACAAAAUUGGGUUUGGGUUGCUGGGAGUUUCGUUGGUAUUGAGCUUGUCGUGGUGGAUAAUAGUGGUGGGGCAGUUUGUGUAUAUUGUUAAGAGUGAUAAGUGUAAGAAGACAUGGAGAGGGUUCAAUGUGCAGGCGUUUUCGGGGUUGUUUGGAUUCUUCAAAUUAUCGGCGGCGUCGGCGGUGAUGCUGUGUUUAGAGACAUGGUAUUUUCAGAUUCUGGUUUUGCUUGCUGGAUUGCUCGAGAAUCCUGAACUCGCUCUUGACUCCCUUUCCAUUUGCAUGACCAUAUUUGGAUGCGUUUACAUGAUUUCGGUCGGUUUUAACGCUGCUGCCAGUGUGAGAGUGAGCAACGAACUUGGGAGUGGGAAUCCAAAAUCUGCAGCAUUUUCUGUGUUGGUGGUCGUCGCCAUUUCUACUAUCGUCUCUAUAAUUUGUGCUUUGCUUGUACUUGCAUUUCGUGAUGUCAUCAGUUAUGUUUUCACUGGCGGUGAGGUCGUGGCCGCCGCCGUUUCCGAUCUUUGCCCACUCCUUGCACUCACCCUUCUCCUCAACGGAAUCCAACCUGUCUUAACUGGCGUGGCGGUUGGGUGCGGGUGGCAAGCAUUCGUCGCUUAUGUAAACAUUGGUUGCUAUUACAUUAUUGGAGUGCCCUUGGGUGCUCUUCUUGGCUUCUAUUUCAAUUUUGGCGCCAAGGGUAUAUGGGUAGGGUUGAUGGGUGGAACUUUCAUGCAGACAAUAAUUUUGGUGUGGGUGACAUGGCGAACAGAUUGGAAUAAAGAGGUGGACGAAGCAAUCAAAAGAUUGAACAAGUGGGAUGACACAAAGCAAAUUGUUGAGUAGCAACUAAGACUAACUUUUCAAAUCACAUAAACAAAAAGGGAGAAACUAGUAAGGAUAGAGGAACUGCUACAUGAAUGGCAUGUCAAAUUGAGAUUUGUUGUAGCUUAACCCUCUACUUGGCCUCACUGGGAAAGAAGAAAAACAAAAAGGGGCAUCUUAUAUAACAAUUUGCCAUUUCUUUUGUCAAUUUUAAUGAUCAUUUAGAGUUUCUAUCUUCAUGAUUUAGCGUUUAGAUUAUAAAAUCGAUCGAUUUGAUUUGGUUCU